UCCGUUUCCAAGCGCAACCACAAGUUCAACUGGGCUCUCUUCUCGCUAGCUCCUGAACAUAAUUUACCACAGUAUUUAUAUUAUAGUGCCUUCUUAUAACAAAGCCUUAUGUUAACUCAUAAUAUUUUAUUCUAGAGUCGUGUAUUUUCUCUUCGUUUCACGUUAAAACUCCUCCGCGUCCUCCUCCUGCUGUAAUGGCUGAUUUGGGGUUUAAUGAACACCAUCAGAAUGAGGCAAUAAACUACAUGCGUUUUGCUCGCUCUAAACGGGCUCUGAGACUGAAGACCAUUGACUCCUGCUUCCAAGACUUGAAGGACAGCAGGCUCAUCGAGGAGACAUAUACGGUGGACGAAGUGUCUGACAUGCUAGAUGGGCUGCAGGUGCUGGUGCGUGGAGAGGUGGAGAUGGAACUCAUAAACACAGCUCACACUAACGUGCUGCUGCUGCGACAGCUCUUUUCCCAGGCGGAGAAAUUCUACCUGAGACUGCAGACAGACAUCUCUGAGCUGGAGAACAGAGAGUUACUAGAACAAGUGGCUGAGUUUGAGAAGACUGAUUUCAAAUCCAACAGUAAGGUAAAUCAGGAAUCCAAUAAGCCAAAAUUAGUACCACUGAAUGAAGGAGGUGUGUCUGAACUACUCCAGAAGGAGAUUUCUAGACUUCAAGCAGAGAAUGAUAAAUUGAAAUCUAGACUCCGAACUUUGGAAUCCCAGGCCAUGAGUGCGCUAGAUGACAAGUCAAAAGCUGAAAGGGCCUUGAAAGACCUUCAGAAGAACCAAGGAGAUCACCAGAUAUGGAUUGUCAAGUGUACAGUAUUGCAUGCCCCCUGUAAUGUUUACACACAGCAGUGUGAUGGAAAAUGUUCUGCAAUGCACACUCAGGAGAUUGCUAAUCUGGAAGAUACAGUAGCAGUGUUGCAGGCUGACUUUGAGAAAACUCUGAGUGCCAACGAUGCUUCUCAGAAAGACCUGCAAGACAACCUGGUAUCUGCCAAACAUGAACUGCUCCGCAUCCAGGAGCAACUUUCCCUUGCUGAGAAGGUACUGGAGAGGAAGUUUCAGCAGACCGCUGCUUAUCGUAACAUGAAGGAGAUUCUCACUAAAAAGAAUGAUCAGAUAAAGGAUCUGAGAAAGAGGCUACAGAGGUAUGAAUCAGAUGAGUGAUUGUUUAACCUACAGGACACACAUGCAGAGGUCAACAAAGAUACGUUUAAUGAAUACUAAAGGAAGUGAAGUAUUUUGUAUUUUUUUUGCAGUGAAAGCUAAACUUUUCGAAAAGGCAAGGGACCAAAGAAUGAGUAACAAGAAGGGGAUGAAGGGAUUUUGUCAUUUUUCAUCAGUAAGACCAACAUCUGAUAUAUCAGCAACACCUUGCUUCACGAUUUAGUAGUCUACAGUGCUUUAGAGAUAUUAUUCAGACAUGACACUACAAUUGCUUAUUUCUCAUUGCUCUGUGUUCUUCAGUAUCUGUUGCUGGUUGCCAGAGAGGCACUUCAUACAAGUACCUUCAUGUUUUUUUGCACAGGGAUAUUGUAUGUUCUCUUUUCUCAAAAAGAAAUGUAAUGCCCAAGGCCUUGUUCUCAUUUCUCAGAGAUGCAUAUAUCCUUGACACUGCUGCAUAAAUAGUUUCUGGGUAUGACACACCUUUUCUCUUUGUUCCAGAUCACAACACAUCUGCACAUCUUUUUCUCUUUCUUUUUUCUAUUUUUAUACACGUGUUAAUCUACUAGAAAGUUUAGCUGCUACACCUAGAAUAACCUGCAGAGUUAAAAAAAAAAUUGUAGAUGAUAAUAUCCCAAAGGAAAUAUCUUUGAAGCCUGCCUAUCAUGCAUUAUAAAGGUAUUGUUAAUGCAUUAUAACUCAUUUAUAAGGUAUUAUCACACAUCUUUUAAUCAGUUAAAUGUUCUAAAGAAUAACUGUAACCACAAGUAUAAAACAUAAUAAAUACCUAUGCAUGGUUAAACAUGUUCAAAAAAUAUAGUAUAUGUGUUUGUAAUAUGCAUUGUACUCUUUAAAGGCGGAGCCAUGAAUAUGUAGAUAUGACAACUGUUGUAACAGUAACUUAUAAAAAGAUAUAAUGGAUUACAAUGUGUGUUUUAUGGCAUUAAGAACAGUUUUAUAAUACAUAAUAUACACAGAACAUACAUUAGAAUGUGUUACUGAGUUACUGAAAGAGUUUAUGUAAAUGUUUAAUUUGUGUAACUAUAGUUGGAAACUGAUUGACUGUGCUGUGUUACUAUUUAAGUUGGCCCUCUGAACAAUCCUAAAUUUGUUUAUUCCCAUUAUGGCGCACACAACAGUGGGGUACCAGUCCACAUCCUUUGAUGAAUUGUUUGCUUUUUCAUUUUGAUUUGAAUGUUUUGUUUGGAGUUCAGUGUCUCAGACUGCACUGAAUUCUCUUUGAAAAACUGAAAAGUAUCUACAUUUCAACACUAACAGUUAAUUAGACUCAAAGAAGUCUAGUCACAACAGUGGAACACCAGUGCUUUAAAAUGUGUCCAGUAUUGCACAUUCAUUGUAUAGUUAUAAGCUUUCCACAGUAUAUUUUUGUAUGACUUGUGUCCUUUUCCCUUCAAUCAGAAAGGAUUGAUUGAACAACUGUAUGAGUGAUGGGACUCUACCUGUGGUGGGGGUCUUUUAUUGUGUGUAAACAUUUAAUGCUGUGACAUUAGUGAGCAAAUACAAUGGUUCACAAUAUGAGCUCAUAAAGUCUGAUUUUGCAGUACUCAUGAUCUGAUUUAUGUUUUAUUUAUUUGCCAUUUGCUGCUAAAACGACUGUACUUGGUCAUUUCACAACUAUUUAACCUAAUCAAUUUGCACUAGUAAUAGCCACAUGUUCAGAUAAAGUGAUUUGUUUACAUACUGUAGGUUUUUCAGGCCAAGAACCGCCCACUUAGACUUUUAGAGGCUGUUUGACGCAUGUAAAAAUGACCAACCACAAGUAGUUUGUUUAUGUGACUUUUAAGGUAAAUCUGAAAUUGGUCAGUAAAUUGGGUAGCUUAUUUAAAUUAUGUCACAGCAGCCUCCUUGCAAGGUUUAACAGAUAUCAAUGAAUAAAUUAGUAAAAAAUGUGUGUAAACUGCCAUUUCCGUGUGUCUACAAGUAACAAUUAUUUACAGACAUAACAGCUAAAUUAAUAGUUGUGCUCAAGGAUAUCAUGUUUACUUGCCAUUUUUGGAAUGUAAUAUGCCGAUUUGCUUACAUUGAUUAGAAAUUGCUAAAUAUUUAAAUUUUACAUUGUAUAUUUUUUACAUUUAUUGGUAUCAAAGACUCUUUAAUCCCACUGUAUAUGUGUAUGGAUAUAGUUACUUAAAAGGCUACUCUGAAAUAGGAACCUACUUCAUUGUGAGGAUUGUUUAAAAAAUGCAUCAUUAAUUCAGGAUGCCACGUGUUUGACUGCUCCUUCAUGUGUGACUUUGAAUUUGCCAGUUUGUGUAUAUUAUCGAGUAAAAAGUUUGUGUGAAAAAAAAAAGCUUUGUGAAAGCAUAAUAUUUAAGUGUUUUAGGUAUUGUGAAUGUUCUUUCCAAACCAUAAAUUAUUC